AUGGAGCUGUAUCAUUUUAUUGUCGUAUUAAUCAUAACAAGAGCAUUAACCUGCAGUGGCGAAUUUAAUUGGAUAGAAGGUAUAGAAGAUUACGCAUCAAAACAUGAAAAUCUACAUCAAGUCAUCUUCGUAAGUGAGAGCGAAGAAACUCUCAGGAUACCAGGCAUGUCUGAACUAUUUCGAAGAAUCGCAGAGCAUCGCCCAAUCAUACAAAUAAGUGCAAACAAUUCCGAUAUGUUCAAUAAAAUGAGACAGGACACUGCAUCAACCCUAUUUAUCUACACUCAUACUCCGUUUGGUAGAGGGAUUCUUCCGUCAACCAAAAUCAUCGACGCAAUGAUGGAGGCAUCAUUUGGUAGGACCGCCGUGAGGUAUUUGAUAAUUCAUUACUCUAAUUCUAAAAAUGAUUAUCUGAGUGAAACCCUGAAACACGCUUGGCGAAGACAAAUUCUGCAUUGCACCAUCAUUGAGUUACUAUAUAAUCAUAAAAAGAUGAUGCAAGAGGAAAUAUUCCAAGUUUUGGUACAUCUUUACAAACCCUUUUUGAAUCAAUUCAUCACAGCGAAUUUUUCAUCUCAAACAGAAUUAUUUCCGAACACACCGAAUGACAUGAAUGGUUACCCUUUCAAAAUCCGAAUCACACACGAUCCGCCCUUUUCAACCAUAAGGCGCCAACUUGAUGGUACAACAAAGUUGAAAGGCGCGAAUAUGCGUCUCAUAGAUACCCUGGCUAAAGCAAUGAACUUCACUGUGAAAGCCGAAGAGGCGAGGGUAUCUAAGAAUGACCGGCUGGAUACGUUCCUACAACCACUUAUGAAUAGGGAAAUGGAUAUUUACGCUCAUCUUUACGCCCAUCCCUCAGAACAUGCUGAGUUACGCAGUCUCCGGACGGAACCAAUAGAUGUAGAACAUCUUUGCGCAAUUGUGCCAUAUGUUGCGAAGAAAAAUUCUCAGCUGCCCUCAAUGGGAACAAUAUGUGGUUACCUCCUUGUACUUCUAAUUGUGGUACUAUUCUGGAUUCUAGAACAUUUUACACAUUUGAAUAGUCAUUAUUGGUCCCCAUGGAUUGUAAUCAAGUUACUGUUCGGCGUAGUUGUGGUCAAACGACCAAAUCGUUGUGCCGAUCGUAUCAUGUUCGGUGUGCUGUGUCUCGUAUCUAUAGUGUACUUAACGAAACUCUACAGCUCAUUAACAGGAGGAAUAGUGUAUACCAAUGAAGUGAAUAAAUGGCUGACCUUAGAAGAUUUGGUCAACUCUGAUCUAAUCCCUUUCAUUUCUCCACUCUACUACAAUAAAACUUUCAGCUAUGCAACCGGAGUUGAGUUGAAGCUCAAGGAAAAAGUCAAGAUGAUAUCAUCUAACAUGAUGAAUUGUCUGAAUCAUUUGGCUGAACACAAGAAUAUCAGCUGCAUAAUGAGCAAAAAUGAAUACAAAGUUUUCCAGCAAUACGAAACAACGCGUAGAACUGAACUACUGGUACCUUGCUUGAUUGUAGAUUCAAGUGCAUUCUCCUUAUCAAAAAAUUCACCUUACCACGAGCAUAUUGACCAUUUAAUAAGAAUCUUUCGCGAUGUAGGUCUUAAAAAUAAAUGGUACGACAUUGGAUUCUCUAGGCGCCAGAAUAUUACCCAGGAAGAAUCUUAUGAUGCAAGAGAUGUACUCUUGGAAAAAAAUGAUUUCUUUCAACAGUGCAUCAUCAUAUUGACUAUUGGUUACACAUUAGCUACGAUUGCGUUGUUGGGAGAACUGAUUUACUACCACAAAUGUGAAAAAAAACACUCGUCGGUAAGUGCUUUUUGGAGGAAACUUAAGCUUAUACUAAUUGUAUUUUGUUUUUAUGAUUGCAGAAACGGCAACGGAGACCACAGAUUAAUAUGCUUUCUGCGAGGAGAACCCCUACACUACGAAGGUUGUCGCAUUAAAUUCUGCUGA